AUGGCCACUCCCACCUCCUUGCCGGGUGGCAUUGCUCUUAUCACGGGUGCUGCGUCCGGGAUCGGCCGUGACACAGCUUUGGCUCUAGCGCAUGCCGGCGUCGAAGGCCUCGUUCUGGCCGAUUUGAACCCUGCCGAUUUCGUCAUCGAAGAGAGCCGCGUUUUCUCACCCCAUGGAGACAACCUCCGCGCCAUAUCGGUGCAGACUGAUGUAGCGGACGAAUCCAGUGUCGAGGCCAUGGUGCAGUCGGCCCUGAAUGAAUUCGGCCGCAUCGACUACUGCGUUCACUCCGCGGGCAUGGGAAACAUCUCCGGCGCCACGACCGAACAUGUCAAGCCGGAUAUCUUCGACCAGACGAUGGGGAUAAACGCACGAGGCACGAUGCUCGUCCUGCGCGCCGUCUCCGCCGCCAUGGCAAAUCAGGAGCCCCGCGAGCACAAGAACCUCCGACGAGAGGGAACGAGGAGUCUUGGGCGCGGGUCCAUCGUGGUGGUUAGCUCGGUCAACGGCCUGGUGGCAGCUCCAGGCAUGCUACCCUACACCGCAUCGAAGUGGGCGGCAAUUGGAAUUGCCAAAACCGCUGCAAUCGAUAAUAUCCGACACCACAUCCGUGUGAAUACCGUCUCCCCUUCAUGGACUCAGACGCCCAUGAUGGAGCGCAGCUUGCAGCGUGUGCCGCAGCUGGGCGCGAUGGUUCAGGCUCUGAGUCCGUUGAAGAGAGGCGCCUUGCCGGAGGAAGUGUCGGACGCAAUUGUUUUCCUGUGUAGUCCCGGCGCAAGCUAUAUCAAUGGGACGGUGAUCACGGUGGAUGCGGGUGCUACGGUGACGACGCCUAAGGCUGGUCUGUGA